AUGGUUUCAAAUCGUUGUAUUUUCGUCUUGGCGACAUUACUUUUGGCUAUGGCCUUGACCAUUUCAUCUGCUCCUGUCGACGAUGACAAAGAGAAAUUUCAUGAAACAACAGAGAAAUCUUUUGACCAAACGGAAAAAACAACUGGAAUUCCAAUUGAAGAUGGAAAGAAAUUAUUAUUCAAAGACGUCCAGGAUAAUUCCUCACCGGCGACUGAAGCUGCAAAAUAG